AUGGGGAACACCCUGGGCCUGGCACCGAUGGGGACCUUACCCCGCCGGGGCCCCCGUCGAGAGGAACCGCUGCCAAGCCCCGGGAGCUUCGAUGAGCUGCACAGGUUGUGCAAAGAUGUAUUCCCAGCACAGAUGGAGGGCGUGAAGCUGGUUGUCAACAAGGUUCUGAGCAGCCAUUUCCAGGUGUCUCAUACCGUGCACAUGAGUGCACUGGGCUUGCCAGGCUAUCACCUCCAUGCCGCCUAUGCAGGGGACUGGCAGCUUAGCCCCACAGAGGUGUUCCCCACUGUGGUGGGGGAUAUGGACAGCAGCGGCAGUCUCAACGCCCAGGUCUUGCUUCUGUUGGCAGAGCGGCUGCGAGCUAAGGCUGUCUUCCAGACACAGCAGGCCAAGUUCCUGACGUGGCAGUUUGAUGGCGAGUAUCGGGGAGAUGACUACACAGCCACUCUGACCCUGGGAAAUCCAGACCUGAUUGGGGAAUCAGUGAUCAUGGUUGCUCACUUCCUGCAGAGCAUCACUCAUCGGUUGGUGCUAGGAGGAGAACUAGUUUAUCACCGGCGACCAGGUGAAGAGGGCACCAUCUUGACUCUGGCUGGGAAGUACUCAGCUGUACACUGGGUAGCCACACUGAAUGUUGGGUCAGGUGGGGCCCACGCGAGUUAUUACCACAAGGCAAAUGAACAGGUUCAGGUUGGAGUGGAGUUUGAGGCAAAUACAAGGCUACAAGAUACAACCUUCUCCUUUGGUUACCACCUGACUCUGCCCCAGGCCGAUAUGGUGUUCAGAGGCUUGGUGGAUAGUAACUGGUGUGUUGGUGCUGUGCUGGAGAAGAAGAUGCGUCCCCUUCCUGUCACCCUAGCCCUCGGAGCCUUCCUCAAUCACUGGCGCAACAGAUUCCAUUGUGGCUUCAGCAUCACUGUGGGCUGAGGUUGUCCUGGAGGCGACCUCCACAGCAGCUGGAACCUUUGAGUCAGAUGCACGAGCGAGGGCCGGGGCCUAGCUAGGUCCCUCCCAGGCCUACCUUGCUGGAUGACUUCUAGAUCCCAUGGGCAGAGUGGGGGACAGGACGAUGUCCUCUUCAGAACUGGAACUGCCUCACAGUCAUUUUCCAAGUAGGCCAUGGUUUGAGGUUCCCAAUUCUGCCAUCAGCCCCAAUACAAUUUUCCACAAGCUAUAUGACUCUGAACUAAAGAAGGAUUAAGGGAUAUGUCUGGCUCCCCUCACCCUACUUUCUUCAUUAUUUUUGUUUGACUAAGAUAUCAGCUCGUUCUUCAGAGCAGAAAAAUCUGCAUGAAAAUAGGGAGAAGAAAAAAAAGUUUCCUAUCCCAUGUUUCCCGUUUUUCCAUUCCUCAGCCUCCCCGGGUUGGGAAAGUAGGGUUAAAGAGCUAAAUCUUUGGUCAGGCAAAGACCAAAGAAGGGGCCCACCCAUCCCCAGAAGGAACUUUACGACCUAGUCCUGACCCUUCCUUCUUUCCCAUCUUCCGUGUUUCCGGAGAACAACUUUGGCCCAAUGGUCACCCCAACCCCCCACCCUCUGCCCUCCACCCCCUCCAUAACCCACCGAUGGAUGACCACACAAAGAGACAGUUGCUGUUCAGCGUUUCAUUGCCACCACUGAGCCCUUUCUGCUGGUUCCCAUCUUGGGUACCAGCAAUUUCCCUGUUCCAGCCCAGUGUAUCCGUAUCCGAGGGGGUCUGUGGAAGAAUUUGAGCCAGGGCCUCAGCUGUAGAUUUCCCCAAGCAGCGGCAUCAUAGCAGACAGUCCUUGGAUGCGAUGUAUUUCGUAUGAGUAUGUAUUGUUUAUACUCCGGAGCUCAGCCAACAGGCCCAUCAGCUUCGCGUACAGAAACCUUUGGAGAAAGUAGCAGGGAGAUAAGGCAGCUGGGCGUCUUGUCUUGAGAGCCUCAUCCCCUGAACCGCCCCUCAGAGAGGCUAAGUUUAUACAUUAGAAAAUCAUGCUCUGGAUGGCACAUACUAUAUUUUCAGAAAUCUCCAAGAAGGGAGAUUAAUACCGUCUUCCUUUUUUGUGCCUAGUUUUUCCUGAACCCAGGGCUUUGAGGUCAAGUGCAAAGAGAGUACUAGACUUGGCUAAAAUGUCAGCUGUGUAGAAUCUGAACAAGGAGCCUCCUAGAUUGAGUUCUAGAAGGCGGGUGUGUUGUUCUGUGGGAUAAAGCUUCUCCCUCUUAGCAAAUUGAUUGAUCAAGGAGUGAGCAGAACGAAAGCAGUAUAAACUUCCUAGCCUGGACUUCGAACUACCUAGAGGCUCUGUUCAUGAAACUGUGAAUGAGAACAUAACGUCAAUGGGACCGAAAACUUCAAGGAACUGAUACAAUGAAGAGAAAGAAUGGGCAAGACUUUGACAUUUUUGUUUUAGUUUGGAAAAGUUGGAGAGGUGAGGUGAUAGAUGUUACCAAUCUCAGGAAUGCUAUUACACACAGGCUAUGAGCUCCUACUUUGCAUCUCUACUAAAUAAUAAUAAUAAAAAAAAAUCUUGGAAAAGUGAGA